ACUUUGUCUCUCCGUCUCUAUCCCCUCUUUUCUAUUUUUGUUCUAUUCUCCUCCUUACACUUCUCAACUCUCCCCCUGCCUCCAUUGCUGUUCACAUUCCACAUAUUCUUGGCAAGUUUCUGCUCACAUUUCACAUACUCUUGGCAAUAUAGCAAGUGCGAAUUCAAGACUAAUCUAAUAGUAGAAAAUGUUGCAAGAUAUGUGGAAUGCACCGCCAGGUUUCAGACCCACAAAAUCGGCUCCAUCUUCUCCGGCUAAACCCCUCGGAGUCUCAAGAACUCGUUCUGAAUCCUUUCACGUUGCCCACAAAGUCCCCGUCGGUGACAGCCCUUAUGUCCGAGCCAAAAAUGUUCAAUUGGUAGAAAAGGAUCCAGAAAGGGCAAUUCCAUUGUUUUGGGCAGCUAUAAAUGCAGGAGAUAGAGUGGAUAGUGCUCUCAAAGAUAUGGCUAUUGUAAUGAAGCAACAAAAUCGGGCUGAAGAAGCCGUUGAAGCUAUUAAAUCUUUGAGAAGUAGGUGUUCAGAUCAAGCACAAGAGGCUCUUGACAACAUCCUCUUGGACCUCUACAAGAGAUGUGGGAGAUUGGAUGACCAAAUAAAGCUGUUGAGGCACAAGUUGUUUUUGAUACAACAAGGUUUGGCCUUUAAUGGGAAGCGCACCAAGACAGCGAGAUCCCAGGGGAAGAAGUUUCAGGUUUCUGUGGAGCAAGAAGCAACUAGAUUACUGGGGAAUUUAGGGUGGGCGCUGAUGCAGCAAAAUAACUACAUUGAAGCAGAAGAUGCUUAUAGGAGAGCACUAGUAAUUGCACCAGACAACAACAAGAUGUGCAAUUUGGGCAUUUGUUUGAUGAAACAAGGGAGAGUUGGCGAGGCGAAAGAGACACUUCGGAGAGUUAAACCAGCAAUGGUAGAUGGCCCUAGAGGUGUAGAUUCCCAUCUCAAGGCCUACGAAAGAGCACAACAAAUGCUCCGUGAUCUCGAGUCUGAAAUGAUGAAUAAAGGUGGUGAUAGAAUUGAACAAAGCAAGUUGUUUGAUGCAUUCUUGGGGUCUUCUGCUAUCUGGCAGCCUCAGCCUUGCAAGGAACAUAAUAGCAGCACUUUGAGUAGUAAUGCCAAGUCAAUCCAACCUCAAGAUGAAUUUGCUAAUGAGAACAUCAAUUCUACUAACAUCAUCACAAACCAGACAGUUCCUUCACUGCAAAAGAGUAUGUUGAAACCAUAUAUGAACCUCAAUAUCGACGCUCCACCAUUUUAUUCAUCCAAGAUUAUGAAGGAGCCGGCGAGUACCCUGUUUCCAGAAGGUCUUAAAAGAACAAGAUCUGGAAAUGCAGCUAACUUUAUGAGAAAAGAGUCUCAGGGAACAUUCACAGAACCAGAGAAUAAGAUGAGAAAGCAGUCGAUUUCACCAGAGAAAACAGAGGAUAGAUGGGCAGGGUUGCUGCCUGAUAGCAAGGAUUUUGAAGAGGCUAUAAUUGCUGCUGCUCUGGGCUCAAGUGAAGAAACAUUCAAGCCUAAAGAUAGUGGAAUCCCUCCAAGGAAAGUUGACAAAAGGUUGAGGGUUUUUCAAGACAUUACCUUGUCCAUGAGUCCGCGAGCCUGACUAACAUUAUUGAUUUUUAACUAUGAUUAGUAGUAAUCUAAUUGCAUUUUUAAAUUAAGUAAGAUCAUUGAAUUUUAACAAUCAUUGGAGAUAAACUUGUUCUCCUUUACUCAUACUUCCUCGAGGAGGUCGUAUGCAGUAUGUUGGUAACACCCUAAUGUCUUUAGGCAGGGUAUAAUUAUUGUUACUUGGUGCCUUGGGAAUUCAGGCAUCUUCUAUUUUUGCCUAUAUGGCAACUAAUCUUCAAUAAAAAAGUUAUUUUUUCUCA